CCAAUAUCAGAAGUGGAAGACAACGGAAUCGUGUUCUGUGAUCCAGAAAUCAGCACCGAUCUCUAACAUGGGUUAUCCGAUUACCUCCCUUCUCCUUCUGCAUGCUGCUGACUUCAUUUUGAGCUUUCCUGUCACAGGAAGUCAAGGUGGAAACCGAUCUAUUGGUUAUUUUUGCUGCACGAGUCCAGGAUGCGCCACUGAUGUGACGCACGUAUUUUGCAACAAUGAGUUGGUCUUCAAUAACAGUCACAUCGCACAGUGUACAGGCCCACCACCACCCAAUACUGUCUGCCAGAAUGACGGACGAGCAUUCGUCUCCACCGACACAGAUGGAGACUGUGAAUUUGAAGGAGAUGCCCGUAUUGAGACCCUUAAAUGUACAGACCAAAGCGACAUUUGUGUUUUCAUCAUUGCUACCACACCAUCACCGGUCACUGCUCCACCGCAAGUCACCACAGAGGGUCCGCAAAAUGACAAACGUGGACACAUUGCAGGCGGAGUUUUUGGUGCUUUACUGCUGCUGCUGAUAAUAGGAUCGCUUUUGAAUAUUUGUGUAAAAAGAUACCAAAAUCAACCACCAGCAAGUGACUCUGGUGAGACUGAGAACCUACGAGCGAUGCAGAGCUCUGGAGACACCAGUAACAGUGAUACUCAGGGCGGUCCUGGACUGGAUGAUGACAGCUCUCCUCACCGUGAUCGAGGAGUUUAACCCCCUGCAGCCUCAUUUCUUUUCCUUUUAUGUCCACCACAGACAACAUGCAAGUGACUAAGCUUGAAAAGCAGGUUAUGAUGUUUUUGAUUCAUUAUGGAGGGAUCCAGUGAUACCAUGUCAGUGUAGGCUGCAAUGAGUUCGAUGGAUACCCAAGAGUUUCCCCUGUACAGAUUUUUUUCUAAAACUAUAUGGUUUGGGGCAUGCAGUAUGGGCCAAUGGGUUAUUUUUGCUUAUUCCAAAAAAAAGAGUUGUUUUUGA